AUGUUGUGUGAUAUCACUAAUUCACCACCAGAUGACGGAGAUCAAUUGCUAGAAUGUGUUUUGUGCACCUUGCACCUGGGUUCAUUGCGGGACUCUAAGUUUGCCUGCCUUGCUGCAACAUGGACACACGUGAGCCUGGGGACCAAGAGAUUGAUUGACUUUGGUACCCGGCGGCAGCACAAGCCGCAGAGUAAUGAGGUUCAAGAAUGA